UUAACGAUCAAUCUCCUGACGCUAUUUUGCCUCCUCGUGGCUGGUCUUCAAACUUCGCUCGGCGCUCGUAUACUUUCCGUUAAUGUGUUCCCUGGGCGUAGCCAUUGGAUGAUGAUAGGUAGCAUUCUGGAGGAGCUACUCGAGCGUGGCCAUGAGGUGACGGUUAUUACUAACUACCCAAGGAAGAAACCUCAUCCGAAUCUCACCGAGAUUGUGAUCGAUCCCAUCUAUGACUUUUGGGGCAAGUCGGUCAAGGUGGACUCGCUGUACGAUCUGACCGAUAUCUCGGUACACCAGAUGCUGAUGGACUUUCUGUACCCGUUGGGCUUGCAAACGGCAGAGUAUGCGUUUACGCGCGAUAAUGUGAUGGAUUUUCUACGGAAUGAUAAGAGUCAGUUUGAUCUACUGCUUGCCGAACAGUUCUACCAGGAAGCGUACCUGAUGCUGGCACACAAAUACAAGGUCCCGAUCGUGUCGAUAGGAACGUUUGGGUUCGCCCAGUACAUGGGUCCGAUGAUGGGUCUUAUGAACGCUUGGUCACAUGUUCCGCACGAGUUUCUACCAUUCACCGAUCAUAUGUCACUGUACCAGCGGGCUUACAAUGCGUUCGUCAGUUCGUACGAGCUUCUGCUACGCUCCUGGUACUAUCUACCCCAGCAACAAGCAAUGGCAGACAAGUACUUUUCAUUUCUUCCCGGUCCUUUACCUCAGCUGAGUGAUCUGGAGCGUCAGGUGUCGGUUAUUCUACUUAACAGUCAUCCACCACUAACGUCGACUCGUGCCAAAGUGCCGGGGUUGGUACAGGUCGGUGGACUACACAUCAAGGAACCGAAGCGUCUUCCGGACGAUCUGCAAACCUUCAUCGACGAAGCAAAGCAUGGUGUGAUCUACUUCAGUCUCGGUACCAACCUUCGCUCGGCUGACAUGCCUCCGGAGAAGCUAUCCGUCAUCCUGAAAGUGUUUGGUUCGAUGAAGCAACGCGUAGUGUGGAAGUUUGAAGACGAACGUAUCAAGAACUUACCACCGAAUAUCUUGGUGCGCAACUGGUUACCACAGAGCGAUAUUCUUGGACAUCGGAAUGUGAAGGUGUUUAUUACGCACGGUGGAUUGCUGGGCACGCAGGAAGGUGUACAUCGAGCAGUACCGAUGGUAGGCAUACCGAUCUACUGUGAUCAGCAUCUUAACAUGAACAAAGCCACUCUGGGUGGGUAUGCGGUAAAGCUGUACUUCCCUAACAUAACGGAAGAAUCGUUCCGUUGGGCGCUGGAAGAGGUUUUGUACAAUCCAAGCUACAAAGCGAACGUCGAGAAGGUGUCACAGAUUUUCCGCGAUCGUCCGUUACCGGCACUAGACGAAGCUACCUACUGGAUAGAGUAUGUGAUACGGUACAAGGGUGCACCGCAGUUGCGAUCGGCUGGAUUGGAUCUACCGUGGAUAAGCUUCGCGUUGCUCGACGUCGUUGGCUUGAUGGUGGUCGCUUUGCUGGUGGGAAUGCUUACGCUGCGUCGAGGUGUGUUCAGUAUGCUUGGUGGAAAGAGUAAAACGAAGCGAAAGGAUGAAUAA